UUUUUUUUUUUUGAUUACUAUAUAUCUUUUAUUCCUUUUAACUUUUUUUUCUUCUUCUUCUUCUUCUCUCUCUCUUAUUUUUUAUCUGUUAUUUUAAAUAAGGGAAAUAGUCAAUACCUGUUUCUCUCAUUUAUUUACAUUCUUCCAUCACAUUCAUUUACAACAAGAAACCCAAUAUGACUACUGAUACAAAGGAAUAUACCAUCGAUCAUGGAAAUGGAAAAAUCGAAAUGAUAGAAGAAACUAUCACUACCACUAUUCAAUCCGAAAAAUUGGAAAAACAUACAAAUGAAGACGAAGGUUAUGGUCAUUCUAUUGAAAAAGGUGAUCCCAACUUUGAAACUGUUAUUGACAGCAAGGAAAUUCGACAAAUUUAUAACGAUAAUGGUGAAUUGGAUUAUAUUCAAUCUAAUGAAGAAAGAGCUUUGGUACGACGAUUGGAUUUCUUUUAUGUAAUGCCUUGUAUUGCCUUGAUGAACUUCUUUCAGUAUUUCGAUAAAUCGGCUUUGAGUUAUUCCGCUGUGUUGAACAUUAUGGAAGAUACUCAUAUUAGUUCGAAUCAAUUCUCUUGGUUGGGUUCUAUCUUUUACCUUGGUUAUCUUGUAUUCCAAGUCCCUAAUAGUUACUUCCUUCAACGUUUCCCUAUUGGUCGUUAUGUUGGUGUCAUCAUCAUUUUGUGGGGUGGUGUUUUAGCUGUCACUGCUGCAGGAACAAAUUUUUCUCAAUUGGCUGCUCUUCGUUUCCUCUUGGGUUUCUUUGAAGCUGGUAUCUAUCCUUGUUGUUUGAUGAUCAUUUCUGUUAUGUAUCGUCGCCGUGAACAAGCUGGUCGUAUUGGUAUGAUCUAUAUUUGUAAUGGUGCUGCUAUGGCUGUCGGUGGUUUGAUUGGCUAUGGUAUUGGUCACAUGCAAGGUACUAAUGGCAUGAGUGGCUGGCAAUGGGUGAUGAUCAUCCUUGGUUCUGUCACUGUUUUGUUUGGUAUUUUCUGUUUCUUCUUGCUGGUAGACAAUCCUACUUCUCGUGCUAUUUGUCGUACUGAUGCAUUGAAGGCCAUUGUUGCUGAACGUAUUCGUGAUAAUGCUGUGGCUGUUACUCGUGAAAUCAAGGUGGCUCAUAUGUGGGAAUCUGUCAAAGAACUUCGAUUCUGGUGUUUCAUUUUUGCCUCCAUGUUCCUUAAUAUGCAAAAUGGUGCUUUAGGUACUUUUAGUACUUUGAUUACUUCUUCUUUUGGUUUUGACAGAUUGAACUCGAUUUUGCUUACUAUUCCUUCUGGUGUUGCCGAUAUUAUUUAUAUCUGUGUGGCUAUUUAUGUAAACCGUCGCUGGGGUUGGACCCUUCCUAUGGCCUCUCUUUUAUUGGUCUGGUCUACUAUUGGUUUAAUUCUUUUGAUCACUGUUCCCUAUGCUAAAGCCAAAUUAUUGGGUCUUUACAUGUGCUGGGGUUUCGCCGCAGCAUAUGUCUUACUUCUGACAUCUCUGGCUAACAACGUUACUGGUUAUACAAAGAAAAUUUUUUACUCAUCUUGUACAAUCGUCUUGUAUACCAUUGGCAAUUUUGCAGGUCCUCUUAUGACAAUGAAUCAACCUGCUCCUUAUUUGGGUGGCAUGAUUGGUUUUUGUGUUGCUAAUGUGAUUGCUAUUAUCUUGAUGAUGUUGGCUCACUUGUCUAUGCUCAGGGAAAAUCGUCGUCGUUUGGCCAGUACUACUGAAAGACAAUUUGAUGUAUUGGAUGAUUUGACGGAUGUUGAAAACACAAACAUUAUCUAUAGACUUUAGUUUCUUUUUAUUCCCUUUGACCAUCUAUAUUACCUAAUUAGUAUAGAAUGUAUUACAUUCUAUUUCCCAUCCUUAUUAUAUAUAAAAAAAAUGAACACACACUAUAGUGUCUCUCUCUCUCUCUCUCUCUCACGUACACGCAUAUACAUCUUUCCCUUUAUAAUUAUCAUGAUCUUAUAUUAUUUAGUUUUUUUCCUUAUUAUUAGUCUUAUUAUUUUAGUCGUUGCUUUCUUCUAAUAUACAUUGAGAAAUAAACAGCAUUUAAAAAUCUUUA